GUCUAUUUGAUUCAAUUAUGGAACAGGAACCAGUGUACCCACCAACCCUGCACACAGAUGCAAGAAGCCUAAUAUCAGAGCUCUUAGAAAAGAAUGUAGAAGAUCGGCUGGGCUCUGCUGUGGAUGGGGCUUUUGAUGUCGCGGCACAUCCUUUCUUCAAAGAUUUCGACUGGAAUGCUAUGUUGGAGCAGAAAGCGCAGCCCCCUUUUGUUCCACAACUAAAAGGUCCAGAGGACCUGAAAUAUUUUGAUGAGAGAUUUACAAAGCUGGCUCCCAAUUUAACUCCACCCAAAGGCAUCUGCGCUGAAAUGGCAGAAGAAAUCUCAGACGCCUUCUAUGACUUUGCUUAUGCAGCAUGUUAG